UUACAGUGGAGGAGGUAAAGAGUUACAAAAGGUGGCCAUGAGAAUUUUGAGUCUUACAUGUAGUGCCAUGGGAUAUGAGAGAAAUUGGAGUACAUUUGACCAAGUGCAUACUAAGAGAAGUAAUCGAUUAGAGCAACAAAGAUUAAAUGCACUUGUAUAUGUCAAAUAUAAUCUUCAACUUGAGAUGAGGCAAAAUAGUAGAGAAGAGAAUGGAGAUACCUAUGAUUCCGUAUGUUUGUUAGAUAUUGAAUCUGAUGAUGAGUGGAUCACCGAAAAAGAGAAUCCUUGCUUGCCUAUUGAUGCCUCAUGGAUGGAUGUACAUGAGUGCUUUGGUGUUGAUGAGGGAGCUCCAAAGAAGAAAAGAAAGAGAGGUCCAAGAAACUUGAAUGCCAAGAUUGGUAAGGGAAAAUCAAUAAUAGAAGAUGAGGAUGAAAUUGAAGAUAAUGAAGAAGAAGAACUUUUGAUAUUAGAAGAUGAAGAUGACUUGAGUGAUGUAGAUCUUGGGGUUGGGGAUGAUGAAUGAUCUUGGAUAGGGGUAUUUUGUAUUUAU